AUGCGCGGCGCCGUCCUCUUCCUCGCCGCGAUCUCCGCGACGCGCGCCUUCGCGCCGCCCGCGCGCGUGCGGGCGCCGUCCCUGCGACGAGCGGAAGGCGACGAGGCUGUCGCCGAGGCCGCCACGACGGAGGCGGCGCCGGCCGCCGGUGCGGAGCCGUCGGACGAGGAGGUCAGCGCGGCGUUGAAAGACAAGAUGAUGUCCUGGGAGGCGACGGAGGCGGAGCAAAAGGCCGCGACGCUCGGCGGGCUGAUCCCGGGCUCGUCCGGCGCCGACGGCUUCGACAUCGGCCUCUACAUCGCGUUCCCCUUCCUCUUCGGCUCCCUGUGCUUGUUCCUGUUCUUCCCGCUCAUCGGCAGCGCGCCUCCCGCGUCUUUCGCGCAGUGCAACCUCGACGUCUCGUCCGUCGGCCCGCCGCCGAUGUCCUAG